AUGGGUCGCAGGCUUGGUCUCAUCAGGGCUGCGUAUCUGGUCUCGGCCAGCUGCAUGGGAUCUUUUGCCUUUGCCUUUGACACGGGCAUCAUCAGUGGAGUUCUUUCCCUGACCUCAUUCCAAGAAGACUUCGGGUACAGCCACUACACCAAGGCGCAGAAGACUACUGUGAAUUCAAAUGCGGUUUCGAUUCUACAAGGCGGUGCCUUUUUCGGAUGCUUCCUCAUUUCUCCAAUCGCCUCGUACUUGGGUCGUCGCACCGGUCUCAUCAUCAGCUCACUCGUUUUCACUCUUGGCACAAUCCUACAGGUCAUCAACACGCACACGCUGGGUACUUUCUAUGCGGGCCGUGUAAUUGCUGGGUUAGGCAUCGGUGCCGCGACUGUCUUGAUCCCGAUGUUCGCGGCUGAAAUGUCUCCCAAGGAGUUUCGCGGUCGGUUAGGGGCAUGCUUCCAGCUUUUCUUUGCACUGGGAGUUAUGAUCGCUUAUUGGACAACGUACGCGGUCAGUAAAGACCAGGCGUCAGGUACUAGCCAGUGGCAAACAGCUCUUGGAUUACAGCUCCUGGGUUCAACGCUGUUACUCGUCGGAAUGUGUACCGUGAAAGAGAGUGCGCGUUGGCUAGCGUCGAAGGGAAAGCUGGAGAAGGCGCGCGAGUCAUUGAAGUGGGUGCGUGGCGGCGAAGAGACGGAGGAGCUAGAGCAGGAAUUCCAGGAGAUUCUGGCAGGUAUUGAAGAAGAGGCUCGGGUCAAAGAGAAUCUCACUUUUAAAGAGCUGCUUCUACCAGCCAACCGAUAUCGACUCUUCAUUGCUGUCACUAUCCAACUCUCGGCGCAACUGACGGGAAACACCUCACUCGCUUACUAUGCAACUCAGAUUUUCUCAGCUGUCGGGGCAGGUGGUGCCGCCAAACUCGUCACCGGAUGCUUUGGUAUUGUCAAGGUUGUGGGCGUCAGUACGUUCCAGUUGUUCGUUCUAGACCGUGUCGGUCGUCGAGUUCCAUUUAUGGCUGGAGCCUUUGCCAUGGGUUCUUUCAUGCUCAUUAUCGCCUGUAUCUUGGCCACUCACCCAGUCGGCUCCACUACUACCUCGUCGGGUCCCACUUCUGCAGGCAUCGCCUGUAUAAUCAUGACCUAUGCGGAGGCAUUCAGCUACAAUAUGUCAUGGGGGCCUCUGCCGUGGCUUUACGUUGGAGAGAUCUUUUCCAGCCGCACACGUGAGGUUGGACUCACCGUUGGCGCAGCAUCGCAAUGGCUUUUCAAUUUUAUGAUGUCUCAAGUUACUCCACACGCCAUAACUAAUAUCGGAUGGCGCAUGUUUUUGAUGUUUGCCAUUUUCAACUUUGCGAUUGUCGGGUACUCGUGGCUGGUUCUUAAGGAGACUUCGCAACACUCUCUGGAAGAGAUGCAGGCGGUUUUUGGCGGGAAAUCAAUAGCAGAAAAGAAGCUUGAGGAUGUAGAGCAUGCGGAGCGCACUGGCGAUGAGAAAAAUGGUCAGUCAAUGCCAGAAACAGUACACCCUGUGUCACCACCCACCAUCCCAGCCUCGAAGGCAUGA